GACGUAUACAAAUCUGUUAGUGAUUGUCAGAAAAGGGCGUUUUUUGUGUUUACAUCCUUACUCAUCGUUUUAUGCGCUUAAAAAGGUGAUUUUUUACGAAAAAUAUCGAUACUUUUCGCCGAACAGGAAGUUGAUGUAGACUUACCCAAAAAUGGCUUGGAGAUUCAAAGCGUCUAAAUACAAAAAUGCGGCUCCGAUCGUGCCGAAAAUGGAAAAUACCGUGCGGGAUAUCUGUAUUGGAUCGUAUCAAACGUAUGGGAAUAAUAUUGCGGCGUCUGGAAAGUUUAUGGCUUUUAAUUGGGAUCAUGCAGGGUCAAGUUUAGCGGUUUUACCUUUGGAUGAUAGUGGUAGGAAAAGUAAAUUAAUGCCUUUACUGCAUGCACAUACUGAUACUGUGACGGAUAUGGAUUUUUCGCCUUUUCAUGAUGGUUUAUUGGCAACUGGCUCUCAAGAUUGUUUGAUUAAAAUCUGGAACAUUCCUGAAGGGGGAUUACAAGAAUCUUUAAGUAAUCCUGAAUGUGUUUUUUCUUAUAAACAAAAAAGGGUGGAAACAGUUGGGUUCCAUCCUAUAGCGGAGUUUUUAUUACAUUCCACUUCUUAUACAACCCUUAAUUUAUGGGAUUUAAUUUCUGAGAAAGAAAUAUUUUCUAACCAAGACCACAUGGAGGUCAUUCAAUCAGUUAGUUGGAAACGUGAUGGAACCCUUCUUGCUACCUCUUGCAAAGACAAACAAGUUCGAAUUAUCGACCCCAGAAUUCAAAAUUCUUGUGUACAAACCGGAAACGGACAUCAAAGCAUCAAAGACUCCCGCAUAGUUUGGUUAGGAGAGACAGAUAAAAUCCUAACAACUGGAUUUGACGCACAAAGAUCACGACAAAUCAUGAUUAGAGAUGUAAGAAAAUUUGGAACUCCUGAGAAAUCACUCGAAUUGGAUUGUUCAACAGGAAUUUUAAUGCCACUAUAUGAUUCUGACACAGGAAUGUUGUUUUUGGCUGGAAAGGGUGACUCAACGAUUGGUUAUAUGGAAGUCACUGAUAAAGAGCCAUAUUUAGUUGAGGGAAUAAGGCAUUCAGGCGAACAAACUAAAGGAGCUUGUUUGGUUCCUAAAAGAGCUUUGAAUGUUAUGCAGGGAGAAGUUAAUCGUAUUAUGCAAUUAACUAGCACUUCUGUGAUACCAAUCAUGUAUCAAGUGCCUAGAAAAACAUACAGGGAUUUCCAUGGGGAUUUGUACCCUGAAACAGCAGGUUACACAACAGAAAUCAUAGCAAGUGACUGGAUGGAAGGAAAAAAUAUACCACUGCCAAAAAUAAGUUUAGAUCCAGCAAAAAAACCCAAUGGAGAUAAUCCCAUUGUUGUACAUAAAGGUUCAUUAUCAGAUCUUCGAGAACUAGUUAAGAAUCGACCAAAAAUUCAGCAAAAACCACCACCUCCAGCGGAAAAGGUAAAAAUAGAUAACAUAAAGCCUCCUCUUAUACAACCUCAGGUAACGGAACAACCGGAACUUUCUAAGCCGACGGUUCCGGAAGCGGAACCUUCGCCUCCUCCGUGCGAUGAAAGUCCCACGAAAGGUAUGCAAGAUGCGGUGGUGACGAAAGAUGUGGUUCCCCCGAAACCGCUACCGCGUACUUCUCGGGCGGGGUCUGUUUGUGACAGUCCUGAUGAUGCUAUCAGCGCUUCAAAACCGAUCGCUAGGCCUAGAACUAACAGUUGUGCCCCAGUAAUCACCUCCGUUAAUCCUAAAGUGCCCAUCGCUGGUGGCUAUAAGCCAAGAUUGGGUCCGAAACCGUUUACGCCAUCAAAAUCUUUUGAGUCAACAACAUUUGAAAGAUCUUUCUCUGUUCCCUCUUCUCAACCUUUCAACUCUCAAAGUAAUGGGGUUCAUGAAAAAGAAGAACAGCCACAAGGAGAUUCUGAGCAAGUGACACAAGAAACUGUUAAAGACGACAAAGAAACGGAACAAAUCGAUGAAGGGGAAAAAUCUCCAGAUGUUAAAGGCGAAGAAGAUGAUGAAGUGAAUGAACCCAGUAAUAAUUUUGAAAGAGAUUCGCUUCACAGAACGAGUAUCGCUGAAAGAAGGAGGAUGUAUGAGAAUAGAUCGCAAUCUGUGCAAGAAGAAGUGAGCGAAAAAGGGGAUUUUUCUCCUGCUCAGUUAAAAAGGAAAAAUAAGAUUAAUGAAGAUGGUAAAUUAGAAAAACCGGAUUUGGGGAAGAAAAUUGAUAAUGGGGUUAGUACGCCUACUCCAAAGAGGACUUCAACAGUCUUUGGGCGCGUUUCGAAAUUUCGACAUUUAAAAGGAACACCAGCUCAUAAAUCUUUUCAUAUUGAGAAUAUCAGAAAUAUUAGUCGGCAAAUUUCGGGAGAAUGUGAUGGAUUUGCUGUUAAUCCGGAUAGAGUAGCAGUUCCAUUAAGUGGUCCAGGUGGAAAAAUAGCGAUUUUCGAACUAUCAAAAACCGGCCGUCUUCCGGAUGGGGUAAUCCCCGCUUUAGUAAAUGGAAAUCCGAUUAUGGAUUUCACUUGGGAUCCUUUUGACAAUCAAAGACUUGCAGUGGCAUGCGACGAUGGUACUGUUCGUUUGUGGAGGAUCCCUGAGACCGGAUUACAAGAACCAACGAAUGUUUUUGAGAAAGAUGUUAAUGCACACCCAGAUAAAAUUUAUUGGUUAAAAUUCCAUCCGACGGCUCAAGAUGUUUUAGCGACUGGAUCUUAUGAUAUGACGGUUAAAAUUUGGGAUUUGAAUACUUUGGAGGAAAAGAUUUUAUUGAAAGGACAUUCAGAACAAAUUUUUAGUUUUGCAUGGUCGCCAAACGGAUCAAAUUGCGCUACGAUGAGUAAAGAUGGAAAAGUCAGAAUUUAUCAACCAAGAAAUUCCGAAAAUCCCAUUAAGGAAGGUAAAGGACCCGUUGGGAGUCGAGGUGCGAGGGUAGUUUGGACUUUGGAUGGAAAUUAUUUGGUUGUAACCGGUUUUGAUAAAGUUUCCGAACGGCAAAUAACAAUUUUUAAAUCACACGAUUUAAACAACUCCUUAAAUACGGUUGGUUUAGACGUUUCUCCCGCGAUUCUUAUCCCAUUUUACGACGAGGAUAGCUCCACUUUGUUCUUAACUGGAAAAGGUGACUUAACUGUUUAUGCGUUUGAAAUUACGGAGGAGUCCCCUUAUAUUUGCCCAUUGAGUCAUCAUAGAUGCAACAGUUUACAUCAAGGAUUAGCAUUUUUGCCUAAACAUAAAUGCGAUGUGGGCAAUGUUGAAUUUGCUAAGGCUUUUAGAUUGACCAAUAAUUCCAUUGAACCGGUUUCUUUUACAGUUCCAAGAAUAAAAACCGAAUUAUUCCAAGAUGAUCUUUUCCCACCAACAAGAGUAACCUGGGAACCAACAAUGACUUCAUCUGAAUGGUUUUCAGGAAAAAAUAUUCCUAGUAAAAGGAUUAGUUUGCGCCCUGAAGGAAUGGGAUUAUUAUCUGAAACUCAAAAUGCUUCUGAAAAAACCAUCAAUAAGUCGGCGUCUCAACCCUUUAUAGCUGAUUUACAAUACAGCCGGUUAACUGGUACUGUUGAUAUAAUGUCUCAAACUAAAGCAAAACAAGAAGAGAUUCAAAAAACUUUGAGUAAUAAGUUGGAGAUUAAUCUCAAAUUGGAACAAGAUGAUAUGGAAGGGGUUGAUGCAAAGGAAUGGGACGAAUAGUUCCACAAAAAAAAAUUAAUAAAAAUAAAACGUAGUUAAGUAAACCUUUAAUUUCUUACUAUUGUUUGGUAAAAAUUUUUGCCAAUUUUUUUUUAACUGAAACAUGACGAUGUUGCUGCAUUCCACAAUUAAUUUUUUUUAACUGAACUGAAGGAUUAGUUUCCUAGCUUGUGAUCACUCUCAAUAAAAUAACGUGCGAUAUUAGGCUAUAUACUGACAGUUUAUUAGCUUUCGUUUUUUAAGAAAUGCUAAAAAAAUGCAAUAAAAAAUAAAAUAGAAAUCUUAUUCACAUUUUUUUCUACUCUAGGAUUAGUUUUUUUAACAUAUCCGCUUGGUUUUAUAAACUUAUUUCGUGAGUUUAACAAGAAUGCUCUCAAUUUUUAUUUAAUAUUAUUAUAUUUAUAUCAAUAUGUACGCAAGGAACCAUUUUAAGUAUAAAAACAUAUUUUCUAGUCUUAUUCAUAUGUAUCAAGAUCUCGGAAAUAUACAAUCAAUUUUUUUAACAUAAUUAUUUUAUCGUAUUAAUAGGAAUCUAUUAUCGUUUAUGAUUGUAUUUUUUACUUUUAUAUUUUAGUGAAUUUACUUUAUCGGGCACUCAACAUUCCGUAAGACUUUAAUAGUGCCAAAUUUUAAGCGCUUUGAAAAUCAAGUCGUUCUUUUUCCGAAGCGCUUACGAAAACAAAUUGCCUCUUUAAAAAUAAAAUUUUUAAAAUAGAAAUUUAAAUAAAAAAGGUACAGUGCUCAGAGUCGCUCAAAAUGUAAUUGAACAAAUAAAGUAAAAGAAAAGCAGGUUUAACGUGACAUAAUAUCUAAGUCCGUAUUUUAUAUAGGUAUUUAUAUUACAAUUUAUUUUGUAUUUAUUAUAUUUUUACUGUGACUGUGUGUUUUGCAAUUU